AAACAGGACAAACAAUUAAAAGAUGAAAUCCGUGGAUCCUAUCUUAAUUCUUUUGAUGAGUGUUUUCUUACACGCCAGUGGUUCGGUACGUAGCUGUACAAAUCUAGACAACUUCAGCUUUCUACGAAGGAACAGAGAAAUAAGGGCUGUCGGUAUAGACGAGAUAGACAACAUUGGAAUUGUACAAUGUGCGGCAGAGUGUAAGCUUCGUGACAAGUGUAAAUCAAGCAGCUUUCAGCAUUCCAGUGGGAAAUGUAAACUUUUUGGAAUUACAAUCCAACAAGCCUGGAACUUGGUUGUCAAUCAAAUUGGAACUGAUUUAAGUGACAAACAGGACUGGCCUUCAAUAAUAGCCGGCCCUUGUGAAGACCACACCUGUUCUUCCAACGAAGUUUGUGUACCGAAGAGCCGAUAUUCAAAGAAUUGUGUCACAGCAUACUGUCCAAGCCCUCUACCUAUUGACAACGCCCAGGCUGACUUCAACAUAUCCUACGAGACGACUAAAGUAGGAAGUCAACUGUCCUACACCUGUGAUUUUACGUUCCACCCAGUAGGUAACAGAACUGGUCUACCAGACGGAACGUGGUCUGACUUCAGAUGUGAACCCAAUCGCUGCCCAACUGAAAACGGGUACGUGCUACUGAACAAUCCGAAAAUGUGCUUUAAGUCGUCGAGUGUACCCAACACAAUCGACAACGCACGUGCCAGUUGCUACCAGUCAGGUGCCAGAUUGAUCGUCUUAGAUACGGAUGACAAAAAUGAAGCUGUCGCCAAUGCUUUAGUUCCAGGAAACUAUUUCAUUGGCCUGACUGACUCUCGGACAGAAGGUGUGUUUGUGUGGGAUGACGAACGUGUUGCCUCGUUUACAAAGUGGAAACCUGGAGAACCAAACGACAUGGGAGGAGAUGAAGACUGUGUCCUGUUACAAACUAUCUUCAAGAAAUGGAUUGACUUCCCAUGCACAGUUGCAAUGGAAUACAUUUGUGAAAAACCAGUCUGAGCAUGAUGGUCGUAUGACUGGCUCGCUCAUUUCUCACGUGUUUGUUGUGAACAACAAACCUGAGCAUGAUCGUCAUAUGCCUGGUUCGCUCUUUUCUCGUGUCUUUUUUUAUGACAAAGAACUCCGAGCAUUGUGGUUAUAUGCCUGGCUCGCUCUUUUCUCGUGUGUUUGUUGUGAAAAAAAAAAAAAAAAUCUGGGCAUAAUGGUCCUUUUAUCGUUUUGUUGUUGUUGUUGUUAACAUUGCUUCAUAUUAUUAGUAUUUAACUGAGACCGUGACACCCACUGAACUACUGUCAAACAUCGAUGAUUCCAAGUACUCAGAAAGGAUUGUAGUUAUCGAAAUAAUGUUCUUUGUUGUAUCCCGCCAUGUUUAUUCCAAUGACAUUUUUAACUGAUCGUAAAUACGAUUUCAAAUAUCGAUAUAACGAUUAUUUUAAAGGACAUAUACAUACAUACAUAUAUACAAAUAUAUAUAUAUACGCAGAAUGGCAUACACAUACAAUUUCAAAGAAAUUACAAGUAUUCCAUUUAGUAUUGAAAACAAAAUGUUGAGAAAGCUUCAAAGAUUAAGUGCGACGUUAGCGUUAUUGUGUACAUGUUUUCAAGAGAUAGUUUUUUUAGAGAUGCUACCUAUAUUGUUUUCUGUUUUACUAAGACUUAUAGAGAAAGCCAUGGAUACUUUUUACACCCACUAACAGAAAGAUUACAAAUGUGAUAUUUUCGAGAUAAUUAAGCAUGUAUUAAUUAUGUGAUUUAAAUAAAAAAAUAUGUGUCACGAAUAAAUGAAACACAUAGGGAAAUAUAGCACUUUCCAUCUA